AUGGCCGAAACGGGCCCUGCCAUUAAACACUUCCGCUCCAAUCAAUGGGCAAAUAACCUCCUCUCCUCCGAGGACUACACUCCCAUCCCGACAGACUCGCGCCGCUUCAAGACCUCUUCCGGCGAAGAUGGCUUCUUUUCACGAACCCUAGCAACGCCCACGACCAUACCACACGUGCUGACCCUGCAAAAGCGCUCCAUCGCCCCGCCGCAAUCAGAACCCCCGACCUGGCUCCCUGCAACCAAGGAAGACGCCGCUGGAAAGAAGCCUACGCCCGGUACGACGCCUGCAGAUAUCAUUAUGCUCUAUGAUCUCGCAAGUCCGGGGCUCUCAGGACACCCAUCCACUGUUCAUGGUGGCAUUGUCGCAACCCUGAUCGACGAGGCGAUGUCUCUUGCUGUCGCGUCGCAUACCUCGCCUUCGGGAUCUGCACUUUCCCCGCCAUCGGAGACCUCGGCUUGGGAUGAUAACCCCCGCGGAAAAAUAUUUACCGCGCAGCUAGAUGUGCGUUAUCGUAAGCGCGUGACUAAUCCGGCGUUGCUGGUUGUUCGUGCGAAGGUUGUUGCUCGUGUUGGGAGGAAGUUCUGGGUUCGGGCGCAGGCGCUACAAGAGGACGAGGAGGGUGCCGGUGGGCACCUUGAGUGGGCUAAGAGGAAAGUUGUCAAGGCCGAUGCCAUGGCUUUCUGGGUUGUGGUUCCCGAGGAAAAGUUGUGA